GAAUGUGAUUGAAUAGCUAAAAUAUUUUGCUACAGCCCAUAAAAUGUUUAUAAAUAGGUUCCAUUGAAUCCCAAAAACUCCAUUUAUUUAAAAAAAAAAACACGGAUUAUCCUAGAAAUAAGAUCUCGAUGGUUGGUAAAUCAUGACACAUUACUGGUGGAUGCACUGGUUUUGGAUAACAACUUUCUACAACUUACAGGUUUUCGUUGUAUUUGGGCACACCAUACUGACAAAUUUACAUUCCAACCCACCAACCACAGCGGUGCCCACAAUCCAAAACCUCUCGGAAAUAAGCAACAUUAGUAUAGAAGGGAUACCCAAAAUUCCACCCAUCAAUAAAAGCCCUGUAGUUUUAAGAAAUAUUACCCAAUAUGCAAGAAACGUAUCAAUGUCGAGGAAAUUGAAUGUUCUCCCUUUAGAAGUUCCUUCGAGAAAUAACAAUUUAAGCGAGUUGGAUAACAGCGGCGCUAAUUUAACUGUGAUAAGUCAAAAUGUUAGUGAUUCAAGUGGAAAUUCGACUGGGUUUUUAGAGAAUAGGAAUUUUGGCACUGUUGGAGGAAGUAAUCACAGUGAGAAUAUAUCUUAUCUUGGUGAAGAGUUGAGCUAUAAUCACAGUUUUGUUCAGUCAGAGAGAAUAGGUAUUGAAGAAGAAGACCUAGAUAUUGAAGACUCUGCAGGCAAUUUCUCAGCAGCUGGUAUAACUGGCAUAACACUGGGUUGUAUAGUGGUGGUCGGUGUCAUAUGCGGAGUCAGCUUCUUUGUGUACCACAAUCAAGGUUUCAACAGGCCUCAAGUACUUAAUGACAGAUGCAGCAAUCCGGAUUCCAGCGGAUAUAUCGACGAUGCUUCAGUAAGAGACAACUCUGAAGAAAUGUAUAGCCUGGACAAUGAUUCGUUUCUCAACAGUCUUGAGGCCAUGACUAUUCAAAACUACUGGACAGACACUGUAAAACAUACAAAAUUGUAAAUCGGGAAGUGAAAGUUUUGUCCUUGCAAGCAAAUCAUGCCUCAAGUAUCUUGAUUUUUUUGCAAGAACACAUCUAUUUGUGUAAAUAAGUAUUUUAGAAUCUGUGAUGCAUAUCAGUUAAUAAUUUUCAAAUAGGGUUGUAAGAAAGCAUGCCGGUAAACGAUUUUUAUUUGGCUUGUUUUCUUAUGGAACUGGGCUCUAUAUUAGGUUUGUUAUUUAUUUUUUUCUUUGGCAUAAAUUGUUUAUAACUGGUUCAAUGGGUGCCAGUAAAACGGCAGGUGAAAUGAGAUUAUUUGUUUAGCUCAUCUGUUCAAUUGUUAAAUAUUUUACUUAUUUGUUAUUUUUAUUUUUGACGGCGUAACUACAGUUUACAUUUUAAAGUAAGAUAUUUUGGAAAAUGUAUGGGUAAUUAUUUGACUGACAAUUUUAAGCAUGAAACCAUAUUCCAUAAUUGAAUAGAUAAACAAAAAUAUGUCACUUUACCCAUUUUUCUCUCUAUACUGCAUUUACCUAUUAUUGUGAUUUUAUUUUUUAUUUGUUACUUUUUUAUAUUUAUAACAAUUCUUUCUACCCAUUUAAUGAUUUAUUGUACUGCAAGCGAAAUAAAUUUCCCUAUUGAUCUACAUUUAAGCCUGCAGAGAAAUAAAUCCUCAAUUGUGUAGGGUACUUUUCUUUAGGUCUGGUUUCCUUCAUCAAUGGUUUAAGUAAAUUUACUUCUUGAUGAUUGAGCAACAAUCUUUCUCAAUUACUCAUGUUUGGAGAAUUUUUAUUUAGAAUAAAAUCUCAAAUUCAUUGAUAAAAAAAACUAGGUCCUUAAUAAAUCUAGUAAAAACACUGUUAUACAUAUUUUGCUCGCAAUUUUUCAAUUUUACCUACCUUAUUGUUACUUUUACACUAAUUUUAUUUGAUUUGUUCUACACAAUUUAUUGAUCACAAAAGGCACUCUUGUAUAAUAAUGUAAAAAUAAUGUUUUAUCUUGUGCAAUCUAAUUUUUUCCUCAAGCUUAGCUUUAAAAAAAAUCUUCUUAAAAAUUGAAAGCUUUAGGCUUUAGUGAUUUUUUUUAGAUUAGGUAUAUACCUACUGAGAUGUGUGUAAAGUUUAAAGAUAAACGUUGAAUGUUAUAAAAAUGAGGACCCAAAUAGAGA